UCACUCUUAAACAUUCUCUUCUUCAGCAACACACGUGCUGGCUUGUUUUGCGUUGUAUUUUACAAAUUUUAAUUUGUAAAAAUGCGCAUUGAAACAUGCUAUUUUUGCUCCAGCAAAAUAUAUCCGGGUCAUGGAGUGCAGUUUGUGCGAAAUGAUUGUAAAAUCUUCAAGUUCUGUCGUGGUAAAUGCCAUAAGGCCUUCAAACGCAAGAAGAACCCACGCAAGGUAUCCUGGACAAAGGCACAUCGCAAGGCUGCCGGCAAGGAAUUGGCCAUAGAUCCCAGUUUUGAGUUCGAGAAGCGUCGCAAUGUACCCAUCAAAUACAGUCGCGAGACUUGGCAGAAGGCCCUCGAAGCCAUCAAGAAGGUUACCGAGAUUAAGGAGCGACGCGAGAAGCACUUUGUCAUGGAACGUCUGCGCAAGGGACGACAGGUCGAAAUCCAAAUGGAUGUCAAGGAUGUGCAGCGCAAUAUGUCGCUCAUCCGCUCGCCUGCUGCUGGCUUGAAAGAGCGUCGUGCCAAAGAGGAGGCCGAAGAGGCAGCGCUUAUGGAGGAGGAUCUGCCCGAGGAGGAGAUCACAUAUGUCGAUGCACGCGAAUUAGAAAAGAGACUCGAGGAAGGUCUGGGAGUGGAGGACUUGGAGAUGUUAGAAGCUUAAGAAAUCAAAUACGGAUAUAUAAAUACAUUUGUAGAUUUAAGUUGCUGCCUAUACAAAACAAAAAUAUAGUAAUCACGAUUUACA